AUGAAGUCCUUCGCCCCCAUGACCCUCCUCUCCCUGGCUCUGGCCGCCAUGGGCGACGCCGCCUCCGUCCGUCGCGCCGCCGAGAUCUGUGAGCAGUACGGCACCACCAAAGCCGGCGACUUCACCAUCUUCAACAACCUCUGGAACCUCGCCAAGGACCCCAACGCCAAGCAGUGCACCGGCGUGGACUCGAGCAACGGCAACACCAUCGCGUGGCACACCAAGUACUCGUGGGGCGGCGAGGCCAAGAACGAGGUUAAGAGCUUCGCCAACGCCGCCUCCGCUAACCAUCUCUGGAAUAGCUACUCCUCCACCGAUAUCGUCGCCGAUGUUGCGUACGACUUGUUCCUCAGCUCUACUCCUGACGGCAGCGAGGAGUACGAGAUCAUGGUCUGGCUUGCGGCCCUGGGUGGUGCCGGCCCGAUCUCGUCCACUGGCAAGGCCAUCGCCACCGUCACUAUCAGUGGUUCCGAGUGGGAUGUCUGGGUUGGUCCCAACGGCCAGAUGACUGUCUACAGCUUCGUCGCCAAGUCGACCAUGAACAAGUACGACGGUGACCUGUUGGACUUCUUCAAGUACCUCAUCAAGGACCAGGGUCUCGACAACAGCAAGUACCUGAAGACUGUGCAGGCUGGUACUGAGCCUUUCAUUGGUACUGCUGACUUCACUGUGCCGUCGUACUCUGUUUCUGUUGUUUAA